CUUUUAACAAUAAACGUUAUAAUUUGAGAAACAUUUUUAAAGAAAAUGGCUUCGAGAACUACUGACAAACAGGUGUCUAAUCGAGAUGAAGCCGCCGAAGAACUAACCGAAUGGUCUAAAAAGAAUAAGAAAUCUCUAGGCUACUCUACUGAUGCCGCUGCAAUCGAUUUGGUUAACAAAGACGUCAGCUUAACAGCGGGAAAAUAUGGGCCAAUCGUCUUAAGAGAUUAUCAAAUGCUCCAGCAAAUGCAAAAUUUCAACAGGGAGAGAGUUCCCGAAAGGGUUGUGCACGCGAAAGGAGCUGGUGCAUUUGGAUAUUUUGAGUGUACUGAUGCCAUUACGGAUCUAACAGUAUCCAAGGUGUUCGAAUCCGUAGGUAAGAAAACUCCCAUAGCUGUGCGUUUUUCUCAAGUAGCUGGAAACUUAGGAUCAGCUGAUACAGUUAGAGAUCCUAGAGGUUUCGCUCUUAAAUUCUAUACCGAAGAAGGCAACUGGGACUUGGUAGGUAACAACACUCCAAUUUUUUUCAUGAGGGAUCCGAUCUUGUUUCCAAUGUUCAUACACAGCCAAAAGAGAAAUCCAGUAACGAAUCUAAGAGAUUGGGACGCAUUUUGGGAUUACAUGGGUCGCAGACCAGAAAGUGUACAUCAAUUUCUAUUUCUGUUUAGCGACAGAGGAAUACCUGAUGGCCAUCGACACCAACACGGAUACGGAUCACACACGUUUUCGUUAAUUGGAAAAAAUCAGAAAUUGACUUGGGUUAAAUUUAUUUACAAAACCGACCAAGGUAUAAAAAAUUUGGAUCCAGACACCGCCAACACACUAGCAGGUACUGAUCCUGACUACGCAAUUAGAGAUUUAUAUAAUGCCAUCGAAGAAGGUAAAAAAACAGGCAAAUAUCCAUCGUGGACGUUUUAUAUUCAAACUAUGACACCUGAACAAGCUGCAAAGCAAAAAUUAAAUCCAUUUGAUAUCACCAAAGUAUGGCAACAUAAAGACUUUCCUUUAAGAAAAGUGGGAAGAUUCGUUUUAAAUAGAAAUCCUGGCAAUCAUUUCUCUGAAGUUGAACAACUAUCGUUUUCUCCCAGCAACUUCACCCCAGGAUUUGGACCGUCUCCCGAUAGAUUGCUUCAAGGACGUUUGUUUGGUUACCACGAUUCUCACCUUCACCGUAUGGGAACCAAUUUUGAACAACUACCAGUAAAUCGACCAAUAAAAAAGAUUGCAAACUUCCAACGUGACGGAACAUCUGUUCUCUACAAUCAAGGAGGAGCACCUAAUUACCAUCCCAACAGCUUUGGAGGUCCCGAAGUAAACCCAGCAGCUACAAAAUGGUCACUUCCACCUGAACAUGUCACUGGUGAAGUAAACUACUACGAUUUAGGCAAUGACGAUAAUUAUACGCAACCAAAACUUUUUUAUAACAACGUUUUGGACGAAGCAGCUAGAGGAAGGCUUGUUAAUAACUUAGCUGGUGUCAUUCAACUUGCAAAGAAAGAAAUACAAGAUCGAGCAGUAGAAGUUUUCAAGAACGUUUCUGUAGAUUUAGGAGAAAGGUUAACUAAGGCGUUAGCUCAAGUGAAAGUUAACUUGUAAAUUAAUAUUUAACACAGUUUAAUUAAUUGAUACACUAACAUAAUUCAAAAAUAAAAUAACAUGCAUAUUA